UGCACCUGAGUGGGACACCUCACACCUCGGAGCACCAUGUCACCCACGGGGCACCCCAACAGAGUCCGGCUGGUUUUCCUCGGGGCAGCCGGUGUCGGUAAGAGUGCUCUCAUCCGCCGUUUCCUCCAUGACCGCUUCGAGCACAAGUACACGCGCACAGUCGAGGAGCUUCACGUGCUGGAGUACGAAACCGCCGGGAAUGGGAAGAUGCACCUGGAGAUCCUGGACACGAGCGGGAGCUACUCCUUCCCGGCCAUGCGAGAGCUCAGCAUCCGACACAGCGACGCAUUCGCCCUCGUGUACGCGGUGGACGACCCCGGGUCCUUCGAGGAGGUGAAGCGGCUCCGCCAAGAGAUCCUGGAGCUGCGGGGCGGCAAGAGCGCGCCCAUCACCGUGGUUGGCAACAAGGCAGACCUGACUGACACUGAGGGUCGCGUGCUGCAGGCGGCGGAUGUCAUGGCCACAGUGGAAGGGGAGUGGGACGCCAACUUUGUGGAGGCGUCCGCGCGCACCAGUGGGAACACGGUCGGGGUGUUUGGCGCGAUGCUGCAACAGGUGAACCUGCCGCACCGACUGAGCCCUGCGGUGUGGAGAAGAGACACGGUGCCCAGACCUGCAGUCAAGAAAAGGCCACCGCUGAAGAAGAACAACAGCUGUAUCCUGUCAUAGGAACAGUUAAACUGGCUGAUGAUGGAUUCUGCAGCUGGACUGCGCGUGCUCAGGUGUUGCUGGUCAUCACAGGACCUGGUUUGUCCAGAGGUGAAGUUGGAAGGAAGGUUCCCCAUGGACUGUAUGAAUCUGUACUGUCUCUGAAAUGCAGCAGUGAUCACAAUAGUUUAAUGG